GCAGGGGGAGGUUUCAAAGAUGAAACUUGAAGAUUUCCACAAGCACAGCACCGCCAAACUGGAGGGGGAAUGCCUGUUGAGUGAUUUAGAACGCCAGCUGUGCAAAAUGUUCCGUGUUGUCGAAAUAGUCGGCAAGAGAGGCAGAACUGUUCCCGUGUUUCUAAGCAAUGAGGCAGUAGCAUGGUUGAAUGCCCUUGUCACCAAGAGACAUGAAGCUAGAGUAGCCCAAGACAACAACUUCUUGUUCGCACGGUGUUGUUAUGACGGGAGAGGCCACAUACAAGGGAGUGACUGUUUAAGGGCAUAUGCUGAUAAGGCUGGCCUUGACAAUGCAUCCAGCAUCCGGUCCAUCAAACUCCGUAAACAUGUAGCAACUGCAUCGCAAAUUCUUGCAUUAAAGGAACAUCAGCUUGAAACUCUAGCCAACUUCAUGGGCCACGAUCUGCGAGUACAUCGCGAAUACUACCAGUUGCCAGAUACUGUACAGCGGGUCACCAAACUGUCCAGACUUUUCCUGAGCUUGGAGAGGGGCAACAUGCCUUCCCAGCAGGGCAAAUCCUUGGACAAACUGCAUGUAGCUGGAGGUAAGGGCACCUUGUCUACCCAACCCUUGACUUUGAACCAAGUCAACCCAAUCCAGACUCCCACUUUGUAGGGCAUCAUACUCGGCCAGAAAGAAUACCUCUCUUCCUAUUCACACCCCCCCCGGAAGAACAGACCAAUACAAAGAAAGACAGGGACCAAAAAUCACUCCCAUAAAUGUAUCUUGCGUCAAUAACUCACAAAACAAUGUUCCAUUUUGGCCAGCCAUUCCCCCCCUCCCAUCUCAAUGCCAAGCAGAAACUGCCAGACACCCGUGCAUGUAUGUGUGCUUUAACUGAUUGAUCUCAAUUUGGGGUUUACUCUCAGAAGGCUUCACCAGUGAAGAGGACAGCAGCGACAGUGGGGACAGCAGUGAAGACUCUUGCGAUGAAUCCGUUGAAAACGGUAAGAUUUGGUCUGUCUGUCUGUUGCUCUGUCGGGCUGUCUGCUGAGCUGUCACCUACAUUUCUAAUGUCCUUUUCUUGCCUCUACAUUAAUAGGACAGCUUCCUGGUGUUGCUGCUGUAUCUCGAAGAAGGGAACCCUCUCCACCAUCGAGACGAGUGAAGCGGCA